AUGUCAGCCAAACACUUCAUCAACGACCCAACCAAGCUGGUCAACCAGGCCCUCCACAGCCUCACCCUCACAAACCCGAGCCUGGCCCUCGACGAGCCCAACAAGAUCAUCUACCGCAGACCGACACCCGAUGCCGCCCACAACAACAAUAAGAAAACCGUCUCCGUCGUCUCGGGCGGCGGCUCCGGGCACGAGCCCUCCUUCGCCGCCAUGGUCGGCCAGGGCCUCCUCUCCGCCGCCGUGGCCGGCACCAUCUUCGCCAGCCCGAGCGCAGAACAGGUCCGAACGGCCGUCGCCUCGCGCGUCGAUACCGGCGCCGGCGUUCUCGUGACGGUCAUGAACUAUACCGGUGACGUGCUCAACUUUGGCAUGGCCGUCGAAAAGGCCCGCGCCAGCGGUCUCGAUGUCGAAAUGGUUGUCGUCGGCGACGACGUCGGCGUCGGACGGGCCAAAGCCGGUAAAGUCGGACGGAGGGGCAUCGCGGGCACGGUGCUCGUGCACAAGAUUGCCGGCGCGCUCGCGGCGCAGGGUCGGCCGCUGGCCGAGGUCGCGAAAGUUGCGCGGCUAACGGCCGAGAACCUCGUCAGCGUCGGCGCGAGCUUGGAGCACGUUCACGUUCCCGGGCGCGCGGUGCCGAGCGGCGAGGAGGAGGGCGCGCUGAAGCUUGGUGAGGCGGAGCUGGGCAUGGGGAUUCACAAUGAGCCCGGCUCCGGUCGGGAGAGCGCGGAUCUGGAAGGGUUGGUGGGCAAGAUGCUCACGCAGCUGCUGGACCAGGGCGACAAGGACAGGGCUUUCUUGAACGUUAACUCGAAUGAGGUCGUGCUGCUGAUCAACAACCUCGGUGGCGUGAGCGCGCUCGAGCUCGGGGGUAUCACGGCUGAGGUUGCCGCGCAGCUGGAGGGCAGCUAUGGGAUUCGGCCCGUGAGGAUCCUGAGCGGGACGUACAUGACGAGUCUCAACGGCCUCGGUUUCAGUAUUUCGCUGCUCAACGUCGUCAACACGGACAUCGGCGGCCCGAGCAUGACCCAGCUGCUCGAUUACCCGACCGAGGCCACGGGCUGGUCGUCGCCCAUCCUCAAGGAGACGUGGGAGGCCAAGAACCAGGCCACGCGGGAGGAGGCGGCGGACGCCGGGCAGGCGACGAAGCCGAGCGAUCUCAAGUACGAUGCUGCGGCGGCGACCAAGGCUGUCACGGGGGGGCUGCAGAGGGUUAUCGCGGCCGAGCCCGAGGUGACUAGGUAUGAUACCGUCGUCGGUGACGGCGACUGCGGCAUCGGUCUGAAGAGAGGAGCUGAAGCAAUCCUCAAGCAUAUCUCACAGAACCCCCUAACAGGCGACGCCGUCGUCGACCUCGCCUCCGUGGUCCCCGUCGUCGAGAACACAAUGGACGGCACCUCGGGCGCCCUCUACGCAAUCUUCCUCAACGCCCUCACCGCCGCCCUGCGCAGCCUAUCCCCCGGCACCGCGGACGGGAAAACGUGGGCCGCCGCCCUGAAGCAGAGCAGCGACGCCAUGUCGCGGUACACGCCCGCGCGCCCGGGCGACCGCACCCUCGUAGACGCGCUGUACCCCUUUGUCGAGGUCCUCGGCGAGACGGGCGACGUCAAGAAGGCGGCCGAGGCGGCGCGGGCGGGCGCGGAGACGACAAAGGGCAUGAAGGCCAGCCUGGGAAGGACUGUGUACGUCGGCGGCUCUGGGUUCGAGCAGGUGCCUGACCCUGGCGCGUGGGGGUUGAGCUGCUUCUUUGGUGGGUUGGCGGGCAUUGAGGGUGAGGAUGGGUGGGAGAAGCUGUAG